CAGAUAUGCCUAGUGACCUAUAUUUAGGACACUUGUAGUGUUCUCCAUAAAGCUUACUUCUGAAGUAGUUUCAGCUUUUUCCAACAGGUGGCAGGGUGGUUGCUGUCUUCAGUAAGAGCUACUGAAUGCAUCUGAGCAACAAUCAAGUGAAUGCUUCAACUAGUUUGUUUCUUUAGACUAGUUUACAAAUUUAGGAUUUCCAAUCAACUUCAUGAGCUCUGCGCCAUGUGCGAAAAGAACUUGAACCUUCAUGAAAUUUUGACGAUGCUAGAAGAUGAAGAGAUCCAAGUGCCACCUGAUGAAGAAAUUGGCGUAUAUAUUCAGCCACCAAUCAAUGCAAAUGAUGAUGUCACUGAUGAGGAUUCUGGGGAUGAGGACAUGACUUCAAUCCAUCAUCUUCCAGGAAACCAACUAUUGGCCCCGGCUGAAGUUUCCAAGAAUUUGAACUGA